AUGGUUCCCUUCGUGUCCAAGUCCAAGUCAAACCCCACCUCAGACCCACGCCGCUAUGCCACCCCACUCUCCCACCCUGCCUCUCAGCCGGACAACACCAAGACGUAUGACUUUGUCAUCGUUGGUGGCGGUACAGCCGGAUGUGUGCUAGCCUCGCGCUUGACCCAGGACUCGUCAGUCUCGGUCCUUCUCAUCGAAGCUGGUCCUACCGACAAUGUACUCCCGACCAAGGCGCCUCUGCUCUUCAACAAGCUCUUCAAAACCGAGCGUGACUGGGACUAUACCACCACCCCUCAAUCCCACGUCGACAGUCGCGAGCUGUGCUGGCCUCGAGGCAAGAUGCUCGGUGGCUGCUCGUCUAUCAAUGCUCUCAUCUACCACCACGCUUCGUACUCUGACUACGACGAAUGGGCCCAAAAGCUCGGCUGCAAAGGCUGGGCUUACGCCGAUCUCGCUCCCUAUUUCCGCAAAGCCGAAGGUUGCACACCCAAGAAUGGCUUUGAUGCCUCCAGCCGCGGUACUAGUGGUCCUUGGAGGACCAGCCAUAGCUACCUCUCCACCGUCGGCAAAGAGGGCUUUCUCAAUGCUUGCCAAGAGGUCGGCCUUCCCUUCUCGCCUGACAUCAACACCCCAGCCGGUACCGAGGGUGUCACCAACUUGAUGACGUUCAUCGACCACAAAGGUCAGAGGUCCUCUGCCUCCACUGCUUACCUCACUCCCACCGUCAUGGCUCGGGCCAACCUGACCGUGGCCCUCGGUGCUAUGGUCACCCGCAUCGUCUUUGACAAGUCAUCCGCCACACCUCGCGCCACGGGCGUCGUGCUGCAAACAUCGUCCGGCGGUAAGCUCUAUGCCGCCAAUGCAAAGCGCAAAGUCAUUCUUGCUGCCGGUGCCAUCAACACUCCCCAGAUCCUCAUGCUCAACGGCAUCGGCCCUGCCGCUAUACUCGAAUCCCAGUCCAUCCCAGUCGUCAAGCCCAACGAGCACGUCGGUGCCCACCUCAAGGACCACUUCUGCACCUCGGGCCUCCUCCUCAAGGCAAAGCCGGGCUACACGUUUGACUAUCUCAACAACACGAUCAAGGCCGUGCCUGCACUCGUGCGUUGGCUGACGUUCGGCACAGGUCCCGUCUCUUCCAACAUUGCCGAGUGCGGUGCUUUCUUCCGCAGCAAUGACGAGCGUCUGCCGAUCGGCACGCCAUCCUCUCCUCCCAAGUACCACGGCUCGCAAGGAGUCGGCCCGGACAUCGAGAUCCUCGGAGCACCCGUCGCCUAUAUUGAUCACGGAUUCACCCCGGCUCCCGCAGGAGUCAACAUCUUCUCCAUGGUCCCCAUCGGCCUACGACCUCGGUCCGAAGGCUUUGUCAAGAUCCAGUCCAGGGACCCCUUUGUCAAGCCGCUCAUCGACCCUCGCUACUGGACCGAUGUAGAAGACAACGAUCGAAAGGUCUUGUUGGCUGGUCUGCGCGUUUGCAUCGCCAUCGCGCAUGCAGACGCGUUGCAGCCCUUCUUGGAGAAAGUUGAGCCGUCCAAUGACCCAGACAAUCUCUUCUGGCCAUGGUGUGCGCCCAAGGAUGCCACCAUCACCGACGAAGAUCUGCUGCGAUGGAUGUCGAGAACCGCCUUCACCCUCUACCACCCCGUCGGCACAUCGCGCAUGUCACCCUCAGAGAAAGACGGCGUCGUCGAUCUCGACCUCAACGUCCAUGGCGUUGACGGUCUGGCCGUCUGCGAUGCUUCCAUCUUCCCAGAGCAGAUCAGCGGUCAUCCCACCGCACCCAUCAUUGCUAUUGCUGAGAAGGCGGCAGAGAUCUUUGCCAACGCUGCCACUGCCUGA